AAAACGCUCUUCUUCUUCUUCUUCUUCUUCUUCUUUCUCUCUCCCAUACCAUUUUUUCCAUUUCCACCCCCUAUUUUCUCUCUCUAAAUCCAGAAUAUCCAUGUUGCUGAUCUAAUUAGGGUUUCAUAUUAUAUACCCAAUGGAACUUCUCGUUCCAAUCCCUCUAUUUUUCUCUUGAAUUGGGUUUUUUUUGGGGAGUUUCUGUGGUGAAAUUUAAGAAUUUUAGGGUUCUUUGAAUUUGAAUGUCAGAAAUUUAGGGGGUUUUUUCGUCAUCCUCACCGUUUAUGAGUUUCCGAUUGAAGAGAUUGAAUCAAUUUUCUUUUUCACCCAUUGAUUGAUGUUACUGGGUAUUAUUCAAGAUUGUAAUUUUUUAGGAUUUUUCUUGCGAAAUUGAAGGAAUUUAGGGUUUCUUCGAAUUCGAUCUCGUGAAAUUAGGGUUGAGGUCGAUAAUGGCGUCAUUUGGAUCGUCGUACUGGUGUUAUACAUGCAGCAGAUUCUUCAGAAUUCAAGCACCAGACAUGAUUCUCUGUCCCGAUUGCGGUGGUGGGUUCGUAGAGGAAAUCGAUGCCCACCGUCGAUCUAAUCGCCAUCAUAUCUCUCCUUCCUCCUCCGGAUCACACGUCAAUACCUCUCCUGCGCCUGAACAUUCCAGAACCCGCCGGUCCCGGAGGAAUUCCGGCGAUCCCUCGCCUUUCAAUCCCGUUAUCGUUCUCCGCGGCGAAAUGGGUAGUUCUUACGAGCUUUAUUAUGAUGAUGGUUCGGGUUCUGGUCUCCGGCCUUUACCGGAAAGUAUGUCGGAGUUUUUGAUGGGUUCAGGGUUUGAUCGUCUUCUUGAUCAAUUGGCUCAUCUUGAAAUUAAUGGGAUUGGACGGUUUGAUAAUCCACCGGCUUCGAAAGCUGCAAUUGAAUCAUUGCCUAUAAUUAAGAUUGGUGAAAGGCAAUUGGUGGCUGAUUUGCAUUGUGCUGUGUGUAAAGAACCAUUUGAGGUUGAAUCCGAGACUCGGGAAAUGCCUUGUAAGCAUAUUUACCAUUCGGAUUGUAUCCUCCCCUGGCUUUCGAUACGAAACUCUUGCCCUGUUUGUCGCCAUGAAUUGCCUGUGGAAACAGAGGAUUUUCUGGGUUCAAAUGAUGAAGAUUCAGUUGGGUUGACGAUUUGGAGAUUACCCGGUGGUGGGCAUGCUGUUGGGAGAUUUACAGGUGGUAGGCAAGCUGCUGAACGCGAGCUCCCUGUCGUGUUUACUGAAAUGGAUAGUGGUUUUAAUGUUGGUGAUAGUGCUCCAAGGAGGGUUGCUUGGGCAACAAGAGGCAGCAGCAGAGCGAGAGGGGAGAGAAGUGGAGUGAGUCGUGCUUUUCGCAGUUUCUUCUCACUGUUCAGAAGGUUUAGAUUUUCAUCCUCUCGGUUUAGUCUUGAAAUUGGGUUUAGGCGAAGUCGAUCCCAUUCUGUUGUCGAUAAUAGGCCCUCAAGGAGGCACAGACAGAGUCAUGUGGUUGGGCUAUGAUGACAGCAGGCUACAAGAAUUGUGAUUGUUCUAAGCAUCUGAAAAUUGUAUUGUAUGCAUAACUGCAUGUAUCAACACAUGGGAAGCAAUGACAAAGAAGCCUCCAAUUUUAACUCUUUUGUUGAUUAGAUAAGUGCUUAAUUGCUAGAAGAUUGUUAUUUUGUUAAUGAAAUAGAAGAACAAAGGUACCUGACCCUUGUUCUGUUGUUGUGCCUGCUCUAAUGUUUAGACUUUUGCGUUAUUAGAAUUAGAAUAAUGAAUUCUUAAGUCUAGGUUUGUUCUUUUACCUCAAUAAAUUUUUUCGAUGUUUUAAUUAUGUGAUA